ACGUGCAAUAUGAAGGUAGAAAUGGCGGCGCUUGUUGCAGGUGUACAGUAUGGGUUAUCACAGGGACAUUUUAAUGAAAAUAAGUCUUUAAUUUUUGUGAAAUUAACAGAUUCGGCAUUUCGUGCGAUAGAGGAAUAUUCCAGGAAUCGAAAUAAAUGCAAUGAAAACCCCACAAUCCAGUUCCUAGAUAAUGGGAAUGAAGGACGCCUCUCUUUCCCGUCUAUUUCUCAGCCGGCUCAGCGUGGAGGGCGAGUUGGCUUUAAUUUUAGUCUUUCUAACAAUGCUGACAUUGAAGGACCUCAGGGUAGUUUUGAAUGUAUCAAACAAAAUGGGCCAAAGUGCUUGGAAACUGUCGGCUCCCUCCAAUGUAAAAUGCGUAUCCAUGCCAACGAAGACAUCUAUGAAGCUACCAGGAGUAGAAUGGCAGCUGUUGAACAGCAGCAAAAGAAAAAUUGCACUAGGGAAAUAGAGCUAAAUAAAACUGGUAUUGGAAGGAAAGCUAAAAUAUGCCGGAAUAGUGCUCCAAAAAUAGAUCCUAUUCCUCCCUCAUCGUAUGGUUACCCAUCUAUCAAGUACCAAACUAGUAGUAGUAAUAAGUCAAGUUGUUCGCCCGCGUUAAAACAUGGAAACCCAGAUAUUGUGAGACAACCCCUAAGAACUAGAUUAAUUCAUCUAUUAGCUGUGAGAAAUUAUAAAAAGCCUGAAAUUUACGCUGCAAUUUCUCGAGAUGGAAUGAAAGAACGUGAUAAAAAUCAAUUAAUGCCAACUCUUUUAAGUAUAGCUUCUGUUCGUGACAAUACUUACCGGUUAUUUAGACAUAUUUGGAAUGAAGUUAGAGAAGACUGGCCUUUUUAUACGGAACAAGAAAGGCAAAUGUUAAAAAGGAACAAACCCCAAAACUUAACUCCUCCAGGUAAUAGUGAUGGUGGAAGUUCUGCAAGUAGUGGUCAAUCGCCUGGAAGUAAUCAUCCCGGAAGUCCUCCCUCAGCGAUAGAGGGGCCUUCCUCGCUCAAACGUCCCGGCUAUUUCAAUGGAGUUGAUGGGAUUCAAACGAAACGUCACAGGGUAUCACAUUACCGAAAACCAGCGGGGAACGGGACAAGCAUCUCUUCUAUUCCUAGCCAAAACGAUGAAUCAAGGUUUAGCGCCAAGUCAAAAAUGGAUAGUUUAGCUAAUGAUAAUGGAUUCAGCAGUAAAAGGACGCGCAUGGAUAAUAUGGACCUAUUCAACAACAUGAAUGAUCGAAGCCCACUAUCGUUAAAUACCAUGACAUCUUACAAAGCCGAAACUGAUUCUGAUAAUGAUGACUUUUUCUGCCCUAAAUCAUUGAAUAGGAGCUCGUCUCCUCAACUUAGCCCUGUAGUUAAUAAGAAUUAUUCUCCUUCUACCGCUCACAAUGCUCACAUUAGUUCAACACCUUCGGAUGCCAGACUUUCUAGCACGGACGUGACGCAAAGAAAAUCUAGUAAAUUACCGAAAUUGUGUCUAGAUAAUGAAGAAGUUCGUGCCGAUGUUAGUUCAUGGUUAAAUAAUAGCUCUGAUGAUGUUGACAUGGCAUUGCCCGAACAGCAGUACACUACGUCGUCAACAAAACCCUACGAUGUCACGUCUUCCACUGAUAUUAUGUCCAAAUCUGAUAGUCAGUUCCCGUCUUUGUCUGAAUCUGUGCCAGUUGAUACGAGUCAUGUAAAAAAGGAGAAUCUAGACAAGAGUCAUAUGAAAAAACAAACUCCCGACACAAGGCAAAUCAAGAAGGAAAACAUAGACACAAGGCAUGUGAAGAAAGAAAAUGUGAGUGCAAGUCAUUUAAAGAAGGAGAAUUUGGACAUGAAUACUUGUAAUCAAAAUAGUUCGGCUUUAGUCCAGGACUCUUUUCAACCCUUAGAAUGUACAGUGCAACAAGCUCAACCGCUACCUAGAUAUAUGAAGGACUAUACUACUAUAAAGACUUUAGAGCAGCGUAGAAAAUAUAAAGACGAUUUUAAUGCGAAUUAUACAGAGUAUAAAAGUCUGCAUAAAAUUGUAGAGCACACUACUGCGAAAUUCUCGUAUCUGGAAGAGGAACUGAAAAAGCACCCCAAAAAUUCAGCAGAAUAUGAGAAAAUCAAGAAAGAAAUUGUGAUGAGGUAUAAAGCAGUCAAGAAUAACAAGAAUUAUCAAGCAACUAAGCAAAAGUUUCAGUACCUUCAUGACAAACUAUCACACAUUAAGAAAUUAGUCUCUGAUUUUGACAACCUUCACUUGAAAAAUAGCAAUGCUUGUAAAAUGGAGCCUGUAAGUUGAAAAAUGGAGAUUUUAUAGCUGUUUUUACUGUUAAAAUUACAUUGAAGAUAAACUGCGUCCAAAUAUUGAAAAAAGAAAUUAGGAACAUCCAGUGGCUAACUAAUCCCUUUUUUUCCUGCCUGUUGCCACUCAGUGAUUUUUUCCUCUCGUUUGACAGAGGUCAAAUGGAACUAUCAUUUCUCUUUAGAAAGCUACCAUUCCUUCCUCGCUGUUUUCUCCAUAAUUUUAAUGUAAUAUUUUUACCCAGUCAAACAAAAAUUACAAUCUCUUAGUUUUUAAAUAUCACUUUUAAUUAUUGUGAUGACUUAGUAUGACUUAGUAUCAUUUGCGACUUUAUUUUACAAUUUUUUUUACAAAUUUACCAGGUCACAUUCUUUGACCUGGGUAUUUUGGCAAUUUGGCAUCAUAAAACUGUGUAUUUAUUUUGUUCACAAAAUUUUCCUUGUCCGUCAGGCCAUAAAUUUCUAAUUGCAGCCAAUACCUCCUCAAACGUGUAAAAAAUUCCAGAGAAAGCUAUUUUCUUUAUCUUGCUCUCAUUGCAAGAUAUCUUCGCUGCGGAAUUUCAAUGUUGGUGUUAAUUUUUUUUUUUUUUUGCCUCAGUGUAUGUUAAUUACUGGGUAUGAAUGAAUCAUUGCGCUUGUACGGAAUUUGUUAUUUUGAUGUCAGACUCAUGUUGGAUGAAAUUGUUCCUUUUAAAUUGUAUUAUAGCCAAUAUCUUAAGAGAUUACGAUGAAAUUCUUGAAUGAUUCAAGCAGCCAUUAAAAUUAGUGGAAAAUUUAUUGUUAGAGAAAUUAAUUUUUGAGAUGACAAUGACUGGGAAAAUAGUUGCACAAGUCAGUUUGAUUUUCCUUUUGUUUUUAAUGGAUUUUGAUUCCAUCUGUAAUUGUUACAAUCAUCCUCUGUUUUAUCGUUUUGUUACCUACCUUUUUUAUUUAUUUAUUUAUUUUUUUUUAAAUUUUGUUUACUUGUCAUUUAAUGUUAAUGAGCAAUCAAGUAGAAUGAAGAAUUGUUGAUGGCAGUUUUGCAUUAAGAAAUGCAAUCAACUGUGCAAAAUCUUUACUUUUUCAAUCAGAACUGUUUGUAUGAUGAAAAUAAUCCUCUCAGGGAAAAUUUUCUUCAAACAAUUUUGUCCUUUUCAAAUGUUUCAUCAGUUUGUUUCAUUUUUGGGGGUUUUAAUAUUUUUUGCAGUUCCCAACAUUUUAAAUUUCAAUUAGAUUUCGUAAAUCAUUACGACCAAUUUACCAAAAAGUGGUGCCUUACACAGGAAUCAUCGACUUGUCUCCUAGCAGUGUCUUUUUCGCAACCUCCAUCGAGUAAAAUACAGUGUAUUAACUGCAGUUUUCUGGUCAAGGCAUUUUUACCUAGUGCUGCAAAAGUACCAGGAAACAAUAUUUUUUUUUUUUUAAUCCUUUUAACCGUUUCAAAUCAUCAACAAACAAAUAAAAAAAAUUAUUAUAAAUCAUCAUAUGUAGAAAAGGAUUCUUCAUUUUGCCGAUGUCAGUUUUUUCAUUCAAUCUGAAAUUGAAAUAACGUCUUUAAGUGUCAUUUCUCAAGAGAGGUGAACAACUUCUUUUGUUUUUUAUCCCUCUAUUAAACCGUGUAGUUUUAGCGUGUCUUCUCAUGAUAACAGGAGGCAUUCGAAUGCGUGCAAAUACAAUAAAUUUUUCUGUAUCUGUAAUGUCUCUAAAGAUUCAGUCGGACGUUGCCGUCAAAUUGAUUGAAUUGAACUUCCUGAAAUAAUCAGUACCAAAGUGUAACGUUCUGCAAAUGUGACCGUUGUAUUUUUUUUUUUUUAAUUCUAACAUGAAUCAGACAGAAAAAGUUAUUUUAUCUGAGCAAUAUACAAUGACAUUUUUAAAAUUUAGGAUGUCCCAUUCUCAGUCGUUCUGUUGAAGGUUAAAAGAAUGCUCAUUACCAGGUUAAGUCAUACUGGCAACUUCCUAGCUCAUAUUGCAACUUUUGAAAAGCUCAUGUUGGCAACUCUCAGUUUCAAAGUGAAGAGUCUAAUUGGACUGCUGACUUAUUGGAAAGAAGCUCAAGGUUAUUUUUGGCUGUAAAGUUUUGGUCACGAUCUCUUGUUGCUUAGAUCCUGGUGUCGUGAACUUUUUGAAAAUUUUUGUUAAAGUGAAUUUCGUUCAGUCAAAAAAUAGUAUUUUUCCGAUUCACAGUCUCCUUGACUAUCUGAAUGCCCUCAUGUCCUUCCAGUAUUUUUCCAUCAAACAUCAAAAAAUCGGAAUACCUGUUGGUAUGUUUUCAUCUCGUAGAUUUUCUCUUAAUUUGGACGCAGUUGUUUUGAUGGUGACUGAAUUUCAUUCUAAUAUUUCUUAGGCGCUAUAGCAGUUAAUGAUUAGCCCUUUUCAAUGAUAUAUAAUCAUAUAUAUUUUUAUUUAUUUUUAAUUACUUUAAAACAAAAAUUUUAUUUUUUAGUUACUUUUUCUUUACGCACCCUUUUCCCUACCCCCUCCCUUUCCAUCAUCCAUUGUGUUUUCCUCUGCCUCAUUGUUGGUCCAAAAAAAAAUUCAAAGGAACCAUGUAUUUGAAAGAAAUUUCUAAAUAAAUAUAAAUAAUCUUAAAUCAAAUUUUAAAGAAAACCGAAGCUUAGUUUUAAAAAAAAUGUAAAAUAGGUUUAAAAAGGAAAAAAAAGUUGGAUAAUGUUUAAAAAAUGAAAAUGAAAAAAAAAAGAAGAAAAAAAAAGAAAAAAAUUAAAUAAAAUAAUGAAAUGAAAAAACCCAAAAAUUUAAAUUGAGGAAGAAACGCUGUAUAAAGAAAGGAUGUAUUCAUUUAAAAAGUAAGUAACCUAAGUACCCAUAGUGUGAGUGUUCAUUUAAUAUUAAAGUUUUCUACCUUCAAAUGACUUUUUACCCAAUAACAUAUAUUUUUGUCAAAUUUUACAAAUUUUGUACUGAAAUCAAAGAUCGAAUUUUCUAUUUUUUAGAUAGUAUUUUGAAACCAUAUCAAAAUAUUAGAAGCAGAAUGUCUUUAAUUCUGUACUGAAAGUUUGCUAUAUGUGCAUAAAAUAUCCUUAUGGUACCCUUUCAGCAUGCUUUUAAGGAUUCUUUCCUUUUUAAAAUGAUUUAUUUUUGUACCUAAUUGUACAUUUUCAAGAGAAAUUCAUCCAAAAUUCUUAUAAUACUUUAGAAAAUUGAUAAAUAAGAAGCAAUUUUGUUAGUUCUAGCUGCAAAUUUUUCCUCUCAGUUUGGUCAGACGUUGUAGAAUUUUUUUUUGUAUUCUAUACUCGAGGUUUUUCGUCAGCAGCUCUGUUGUGCACAAUUGGUAUAUAUUUGUCAACUAGUGAUAUCGUUCUCAAGAGUCAGUCAGGAUUGAUGCGCUGCAUAUUUCUGAAUGGUUUAUUGGAAGGAGUGUGCCGUAUUUUUGAAGUUAAUCAUUCUUUAAUUCAUUCAGCUUUAUCAAAAAUAGGGGAAAUUGUGGAUUUUUUGGAGAUAAACUACUUUUAGUCAGUCGUGAAGAAAUGUAAUUUGCCUCAUUUUUGUGUGUUUUUUACAUUGCAAAAUGAAUCCAUCUAUCUGGCUUUUGAGUUAUAUCAACUGCAUAUGUUUCUCCCGGAGUCCUAGUGAAUACCUUGCACUAUCAAAUAUUUUUCUCUCGAUCAAAAGAGAUGAGAGCUGAUUCGGUCAAAUCAGUUUAAAUAAAUUCUUUGUUUCCUUGCUAUUGUUGAUUGUUUCCUUUGUUCAGUGAUUCUAUCGACUGUAUCACAGACUUGUGCAUACUUAGUUGUUUUUUUCCAUUCUCUUGUUGUGUACUUAAUUAAAUUCGAAGAUGACCAGAGACUAACAGGAACUUUGAUUCAUCCAUAAGUAAAAAGUAACGAGUUAAGCUUUAAGUAAUCCUCUGUUUGCAGCUACAGGUUUCAGCUUUAACCAUAUUUGCUCUCGUUGAGAAAUUUUUAAUGCCAAAGGAUUAUAACUUGAUGAGAGCCGAUCAUAAUUUGACUCACUUAAUGAAAUUCGACUUAUAUCACCAUGCCCAUCACUCUAAGGUGAGAGGAGGAAGCUCACAUAGGUUUUUCUCUCAUUUUUACGAAAGAAAUGUUCGUCCUUUGAAGAGAAUAUACCAUCUUAAUAUCUAAUGCUGCCCUUGAUUUAAAUAUCCAAAGCAAAAUUAGUCAGAGUGAAGGAAUCAUGCAAAAUGAUUUUACUCAAUUCCAAACUGUCUGGUGUGUCAGUUGCAUUUAAUCAUACCAAAAAACUGCUCAUAUUUGUCCUUUUAGUUUUUGAAAAAUUGAGUUUAGCUCCAUUUCAAAAUUUUGUUGAAUGUUUGAUGUGGUUACAAUCUUUGAACUUAUUUAAUACAUUCCUGACUCGUAGUUGAACAUCGAGAUGGAUGAACAUUUUAUUUUAUGUUAUUUUAACUCCAAAAUUUAAGUUUUUUUCUGGUAGUUUUUGUGAAAUUUUAGUCUUUGGUCAUCUUCAUGAUUUUAUAGAAUUGAUUUGUUAAUAUGUUUUGCUGACGAAUCUAAUUCACAGGAAAUAUAAUCGUGCAAAUUGAAUCUCUGACUCUUUUUUUUUUUCAUUUUUCUCUGUGGGAUGUUGCUCUUAAUUUUUAGAACAGUGGUUCAAUAUUGAUCUGCCACACAUCAUUUCACUGAAGUAUAUGCAAAUGCGAACAAUCCAAUUUUUUAUUCCUUCUGAAGCAAUAAGAACUUUUUAAUCAUGCUGUAUAUUGGGAGAACUCUAUACUCACUCGUAUCAGCAUUUUUAUCCCUCUAUCAGACUUCUUUAGACAGAGCGUAGGCUAAAAAGCCUGGAUUUAUUUUCUGUUCAUCGCUGACUUUGAAUUCUAGGUUAUUUAUCUGACUUACAACACCAUUAUGAUGCUAAAAUUUUUUGCUGCUGUUUUUGGCAGCUUUUAAAAUGAAAGGCCUAACUUCCUGUCAAUCAGUAAUAUUUAAACUUCACAUAUUCAAGUUGUAACACCACCAUAAUGCUGAGAUCUGUCUUCAGAUGAACUGGUCAGGUUUAUUUCUUUCUUUUGGAAGAAAGUAGGUUCAGUACUAGGAUCUAGGGACUUGGUUCCCUCAAGAAGGGAAAUUUUAUUAAAAGAAUUGCAGUAAGUACAAUUACAAUUACUUUGGAUCACAAGGUUUUUCUAUAUGUACAUGAAAUAUUUUACUUAUUGCCUGUUCUACCAAGUAGUCGACCUCUCGGCCGUAAAACACUUGCUCCCUUGUCAAAAAUUGAUGAAUCCUCUUUUGGGGACAGUGUGACUGUAAAUUAAUGAGAUUAGUGGAAGUUUUCGCACAAUUUUUAAAACUUUUCAAUGGGACAAUUUCACAACUAACCAUGGAAUAAAAUGCUUUCAGCGUUACCCAUAGUUAAUUAAAGAGAAGGUAUGCAAAGAUAGGAUGAAUAAAGAUUUAGAUUUAUGUUCAAGAGAAGACUAUUCUAUAAGUUUUUGAAAUUAGAAUCCUGGACCUAUGAAGCGCUUACUAAGCCACAUUUUUAAGAUGUUUUGAAAAAUGGACCAACCAGACUGAGAAUGGACGAUUAUAAUUUCAAGCUUUGACUGAUGAAAAUAAGUGUUUAAGUUUUUGAAGUCUAAAAUAAAUUUUGCAGCUCUUUGUCAAAAUAUUAAUUGAAAUUUUCUGUAAUAAGGAAAAACAAACAACUGUCAACAAACAACCGUUAAAUAUGCAGCUGAAGAGAAUCUCAAUAAUGUUUAAAAACCCCUGUUUCAUUCUUAAAUUAAAUUGACUCAAGGGACAUUUUGGAAUUUCAACUGCUCCCAUCUUUAAAUAAUACGGAUUCAUUUUACAUGGGCUGUCAUUUAACUGAGGCCAGCUGCAGCUGUUGAAUUCCUAAAGUGUGCCUGAGCAUUAAAGUUGUGAACUAAAGUUUUAAAACUGGUUUUUUAAGCCUUGCAAUAAUAAAUGGUUGAAUGUUAAUGCUUUAAAAGUAAUUCAAAAUGUGUGCUGUAAGUUGCCAUACUGCCGUGCUAAAGAAAAACGCUGUAUGAACUAUCAAACGUUGCCAUGUUUCCUCUAAUACUAAACAGUUAUAGUAAUAAAAUCGUGGAUAUUUUGCUUCCAAUUUUCUAAACCAUUUUGUUCACAAUUCAAUCUAAAAUGUCGGAAAAUUUCAUGUAAAAAUAUGCAGAACUUUCCUGAAGUAUGAAUGUUUUAUCGAGGUAUAUGUGGCAAUGUCUGAAGGUUCCUAUGGAAUUUUUCCUUCGCAUGGCAGCUGAGGCAAACAUAUAUGAAUCAGAUGCAUAGCUGUUUUUCAACGCACCAUUUUAUUCUCAAAUGCUGUGAGCCCAAAAGAAAAUUUCUCUUUAUCAACAAUUUUUUAAGAAUUUAAUAGAAGAAAAGUAGCAAUUAUCAAUUUUUUGUAGUGAGAGAGCAUAAUGAUGGUGAGACUGCAGAAAUGCAGUUCUUGGUUUGCGGCACUGCAGACUUCCUGCUGUAGUUUAUUUUCUACAUGGAAAACUACUAAACAUCACUCUUUUAAAACUUACGCAAUUUUUCUUUUGUAUGUAAAGAAUAUUUUGUGAAAAUUAUAGGGCAUGAUGUUUAUUCGAUUCCUUUUCAAAAAACAGAAUGAGAGGAGAGAUUUUAAAACAUUGCAUCGGGGUUACGUAUUUUUGCAGUUUCACCGUCGAUAAGUCACCAGAGUGAGGAAUUUUAAUUCUUUUGAACUGCUUUUCUUCGGAAGCCUGUUUUCAUUUAUUGAUAGUUGUUGCAUCUAAUGAAGCAGCAUCUAAAACCAGGGAUAUUGUCACGCACCAAUAUAUCACCAAUGAAUGAUGUAGUAUUUUUAUCAGUCAAAUUACAAGAGCGAAGGAUCAACAUUAAUAUCUCAAUGAAGUAAAAAAGUGUACUUACUUACAUUUAGGAUGGCAAAAACAAGUGAUAAGGAUAGGAGUAGUUACUUUUAAGUUUUUGAUGCCAAAUGGUUUGAAAUUUAUUAGAAUAGAUGCAAAGUGUCAAUUGAUGCCUUUGAUAAGAGGAGGAGGUAAGUGACUUUUUUGACAAGGUGUUAUGGACCUUACAUUUUUUGGAAGUGAACCUUGCAAAUAGAUUGACCUCAAUGGUGCGAUUUUUGGUCUGUAUUUUAUACUAGCAGAAGUGCAGCCUUUUAACUUGGAGCUUUUCUCCUCAGGAAGCGAAAAAAAAAAAGUCUCUUAUCUCCUCCACCCACAAAUAGCUUAAAUUCUGCCAUUAACAGUUUAUUUUUUCAACGACCAACCAGCAUUUAUAGAUUAACAUUGCAUAAUUCAAAGAAUCGCUCUAGAAAAUAGUUGUUCCUUUCAACUUUAAAUAUUUUUGGUACAGUAAAAUCUGUAGUGUCUGGGCACAUAUUUUUUGCUGUGAAGCAGUUCUUAGAAUUUGUUCGAGGGUAGUCACCAGCCAUUUAACUCCAAUGCAUCAUUUUUGCCAAGCUAAUUAGCAAAAGAUAAUGUGAAAGGUGUCAGUUAAAGCCUUAUUUAACGAAUUGAUGACAUAAAAAACUCUGCUUAAUCCAAUGUGGUAUCGCAAAAUUCACUGUGCAUCUGUAGGUGGAAUCAUAUUAAAUGUAUUGAUCCCUUAGUCUGAAAAACCGGUUCUUCACUAUGAUGUCAGUCUGAAAUUUCCCCUGCAAUAGGUGAAAUCUCAAACUAAGAUAUAAAUUAGCUCUCAUGUUAUUGAAUUCCCUGUGGGGGUGAGACCUGCAGUAAAAACACUAACCGUUUUAUUUUCUUUGGCUACUGUAGGUUCAUUUUUCGUAACUCCUUGUGUUUUCAUUGCUUACUUUUUUGCAAUAAAAGAGCGAAGUCAAAGUCUCUGCAAAAGUUCAGGUUUGAAGUUCAGUUUAAAUUUUCUACUGUUCCCAAAAUUUCUAACAUGGUGCCCAGUAGAAUGUAUAAUUCACGAAUGAAAAAGUUGAUUUUAUUCUAAAUGUUUCAUUGUGGCUAAAUCAAGACUCUGCUAAAACUCAUAUCUGUCGCAGGAUAGUAAUGUUACAUCAAGGCGUAGGUACUUCAAAAACUGUUCUUUUCAUUAACAGUUUCUUUCAAUGAAUAAAAUGAUUUGCUUCUUAGUAUAAUCACCCUCUUGAAGUUUUCUUUGAGCCUGUAAAAAUUAACAGAGAAUGAAACAUGUGUAAAUAUAUUUCUCAGUUGCCCUAAUUGCUCUAUUCAUAUCCCUUGAAUCAUUGUCAUCUCAAAAAGUUUGAACGAAUGUUUAGUCACUAAAUGAAGAUCGAUAGUAUUGGAAUAAGAGUGUGUGACACAGCACAUUCCUGUUGAACCACUAAUGAUUCUUCGAGAUUUCUCAUACUAGUUUCUCACUUUUUAUAUAUUUAAAGCUCUUUUCACACUUUUUUGUGUAUUAGCUGCAAUCAAUUCUUAAGUUUCUCGUAAUCACCUAAGUAUUUGACCGUAUGUUUGAUGGAUCCCACAUUAGUUCGUCCGAUUAUCUAGUUAGGUAGUGCAUGAAAAUGUCACGCUAUCAAUUGAAUGAACAAUUGAAGCAAUGCUGUCCACUUUAAGAUUCUUUAACCAGUCUCUUUUUUGUCAUACAUUGCGACAAAAUCGCAAGCAAAUCAUUGAAAUUAUGUUUCGCUGAUGGGGGACAAAGAGACUAAGUUGAAACAGAUUUAUGUAAUAGGUUGUUUGUAUUAUUUGGCCUUCAUUUUAUCUUUAUCGAAUUGGAUGAUUCAACAGCUUUUGUCAUCAGAAGAUGUGUUAGUAGCACGUUGACUGUCAGACAUAACUGUAGUAGAAUAAAGGUAUUAUGGGACAUGAUUGACCAAUCCUGUAAUUGUAUUUCAACUCAAGCGUAUCCUGUCCUACUGGCAAAGACAAAAUUAUGUUAAUUCGUCCAAAAUUUUUUUUCUCUUGUGGAAGAGUGUUUUAACUGUGAAAUUUCUUUAUUCCAAGAACAUAGACCAUUUUUUUUUUUUUUUUCCACUUCUGAUGUUGCUGUAAUAAAAUAAGUAUCUCUAAUUUGUUAGACUGUUCAAAUCAUCAAAGUAAUAUCCCACAUUUUAUUUCAUCAAGUAAUCUGAAACAAAAUGAAAUUAAAUGGCAUGAAGAAGGCUUCAUUAUAACAAUUGUCCAAACUGUAAUUCAGCCAACAGGUUGGAAGGAAUGAGCGGCAUUCAUUAUAUACGAACUCUCGUUUUGCAAGAACACAUAUUCAUCCUUGACUUGAAUUUUUGAGGAGGUAUUGUGCUUUCAAAAUGGACUGACUGUCACCCAAAGUGUAUUAAUGAACAGGAAGAGGACAGAGGAAAAUUUUAAUGUUUAUUUUUCCCUAUCUGUUUUUUUAAAUAACUUGCCUGCCAAUACGUAGAAUGGAGCUUCCAAACGUUAGCAGUUGUUUGUCUCCUUUCUGUUUUGCAUUUUCACUCUUUAGUUUAUAAUGCAUUGCUCCUAAACGUCUUUUUUUUUUUAUUUCUCGUUUUUUUAUUGAUGUCGUUUCAGAAUUGUUUGUUUAAAUUAUACCACAGUACAGGUUUUGAAGUCAAGGACUAUCAAAGUUGUUCUACUUGAAGUUAGCCUCUUGAAUAUGCUUUAAAGAGUAUCGCCGGUGAAGCUGCAAAAAUGCUUAUCUCGGUUGCGGUGUUUCAAAAUCUUUGCUUCUCUUUUAUUUUUUAAAGGGAGAUCAGAUCAAACUCAUUGCUUGAAAUUUUUAUAGAAUAAUCUUCACAUAUAGAAUAAAAACUAUCAAAGUUUUCGAAAAAUGACGUUGAGAAGUUUUCUACGUAGAAAAUUAAGCAUGACAGGAAGUCUGCAACGUCGCAAAUCGAGCAACGCAUUUCUGCAGUUUCGCCAUUGUUAUAUUCAAUUAAAAAGCUCUGCUUUGAUUAGACCUACAUUCUAAAAAGAUUUCUCAUUUCAAGCAAAGGAAAUCAGAAUUAUUAAAUCGGUAUCGCAAUACCUAAUACGCAGCUAUCACACAUACAGUCUGACUGUACAAUCAAUUACAUUCGCGGGCUAAAUUUGUCGGCGACAGCUGACUGUACAUUCUCUCUACGCACACUGUCAACUGUACAUUCAGGGACUGUAUGUGUGAUGGUUGCUAUAUACUAUAACAGACAGUCUAAAUUAUUGAAAAUUCUUAGGUAGCUUUUGUCUUAAAGAUUUCGACAAAUUUUUGUUUGAAGACAACCUCUAAGACAUCGAAGACCAAUUUUUUCAUCAAGUGGAAUGAUAGUUUCCAGUUUUAGCCCCUGAAAUUCUAACAGAAUUUCCGUAUCUGUGAUUUGUAGAUAGCCCAAUUUAUUUUGUUAAGUUUUUCUCCCUUUUUCUUGUCAACGACUGGUUAGUGAAAGCAAAUCAUUUUUAUGAAAUUAAAUUAGUUAGAUUCAUUCUAAUUCCUUCGGAUUUACAAUGCUUUUUUGUUGAAUUUUUCCUCUGCUUCUGUUAUCGAAUAAAGGUCUCUUUGUGCAGAGACCUAAUAAUUUUUAAUGAGGAAAAAAUAUUAUGAUUUCUCUUCACAAGUAAUUAAAUGAAGAGAAUUUUCAAAAACCAUCAUCUUUUCAAUUUUAUGUGUCCAAAUAUUUUAGUCAAUUUCGGUGGCAUGAAACAAAAUCUGUCUUCGCCUUUUUUGUAGUGCACAGAGACUUCAUUUUCUCCAAACUGGAGCCCGAUUGUUGAAAUGUAUGUCGGCACGACAAGAAUCGAAAAUAGAUAUAUUACACGGCGUAGAUAGGGCUAUGUCUUGUCUUAUCGCGCCGACAUAGCCAGUUAAAGUUUCAACAAUCCGGCUGCUGGAGCAGUGAUAAAACUACUCCUUAAAAUGUAAAUGCUCAGUACUUAAGCUCAGGCAGUGUCCAAUAUAUCAAAACUAGCUAUUUUUCUUGUUAUUUAAACACUAGAUCCUGAAAUUUAUCAAUUUAUUUCUCAACUCAUUGUAAGGCACAUACUAUACAGGAUACCGAAUGACCUUUAUAUGCUUCACCACCUCAUUCUCGGGUAACUGAUCCCAUCCAUCCAAGCCGUCUUUUGUGUCCUAAAUUCUGAUAAUAGAAAUAGAUAUCACAUUCUUUUAAAGCAUCAAUGCUACCAUAGCAAAAAUACUUCCACCCAUUUUUGUCGUAAAAUGUUUUCAAUACAUGCUCAUGCCAUGUAAUGCCUUCAAGUUGGCAAUGUCCCUUCGGACCCAAAUGAUUCUAUGUGUGUGCGUUAGUUCCCAUCUAUAAAGCAGGCUCAAUACAUGUUAGAUUGAGGUCUGAACCUUUGGUGGAUGUAUCUGAGUGCAGUAUCAAGUUAGCAACGUGAAUUCUUAAUGCCAACGUGACGUCGGAUCAUUUUCGUACUAACAAUUAGAUGAGCAAUGUCAAUAGUGCAGUUAGCGCUAUGAACUUACUCUUAGAUUCUCCCUCUUUGUAAGGUGGUCAGAAUAGUGCCUGCCAACUAUGUUCUUCUCGAGUUUCUUUCUUUAUGAUAGUUCUAUUUCAACAAGUGAGUACUUGGUGAACUUGAAGAUGAAUUCUCUGCUUUUAUUUUAAAACUCUAUUUAUUUCUGUCAUCCAGUUGCCUCACGUGAAAAAUUUUUUGGAAAAUUUUGCCAAUGGACAGUUGGUGCAAGUAUACCAGCCUUUAGUUCGAAGUGACUAGUUUGUAACAAUUAUUUUUUGUCAGUUUAGUUUUUUUUAUUAUCAAUCAAAAAAUGAAGUAAUAACUCCUCAUAUUUUCUCAAAACUUGCAGCCAAAAAUGGAAAUUUUGUUAGAUUUUUUCUCAACUUUUUUUUGUUUUGAUGUAUUUAUCACCUUUUAUGUAUAAUUUCCUGACAGUAUGUAUUGAUGGAUUUGAAUUUUAAUCCCUAUUUUCUUAAAAACACUCAGCCUAUCAUUUUUAAGUACGGAAUUAAUGUAUUCAAAUCUUUACAAUGGCGUAAAAUGCCAUGAGCUUAGAGAGCAUUGUUAGCACUGAUGCUCACUUCGUUUUGUCUAACGGAGUGCAAUAGAAAAACUUUGAUCAUUAUUUUCUCAUUGAAAGAAGUUGGAAAAAUCUAGAUAAUAGAUCUACUGUUUCACUCCUAAAGUUACUGAACGAAAGUCUUGCCAUAUUUCCAUUACAUGUGCUCUUGAAUAUACCUGUUCACUGUCUUCGAAAAAUCAGAUAAUACCUGGAGGAAAAAUUCUUAAAAAAUCUCAGAAAAUGUUGAUACUAGUCGGUUGAUACUACUACAAGGUUAGAAGUUCUGACGCUGUGAAUGUGCUUUCAUUCAAUUUCGGAAAUGGAGGGCAUAGACCAGGAGCAAACUGGCCAAGGGAGCUAGGGCCCAUUUUGCCAGAUUUAGAGGCCCUAUAUGAUGCCUUUCAUGAAAUCUUGCAGGGCCUCCUUGAACCUUCCCUUCACCUUUUAUCAGGAGAGGCCCCCAAUCCUCUUUUCUAUUCGAACUCUUGGAGCCAGUCGGCCCCGGACUCCGACCAAAGUUUAUAGCGCACAAAAUUGGACCCUCUAAUUGACUUUAUCAAGAAUAUUUCUGGAGAAAAAUUGGAGAUGUACUUACUUUGGGAUUUGCUUAUGGACACAAUCUAGACUCAUCUAAAAAAUCUAUUUUCAGAAUUGACUCCCUAUUUCCAUUGCAUAACACAAUUCAACACAGCUUGUAAAUGAUAGGGGUUAUCAUCUUCCCAAAGACAGCUAACAUCAAACGCUUUUACUCAUGUGUUUUAAUGAAACUGUUUUGAAAAACUUUGAUGAUUAUGAGUGAAAGUAUUUUUUAGUCUUUUAGCAGCCUAGGUAUUUGUAUUGAAAAAAUCGCAUUUCUGACGCAGCAAUGUUGCUAGAAUUUAUCGUGUAUCCAUAAUGUUUGAAAUAGAAAUCAGGUGAACAGAAAAUAUUGCUUAUCAACAUUUGAGGUACUUUUCAUGCACCUGUUUUAUAUUUUCAACAUUAAGAGAGCAUGUUAGAUGUGUUGCAACGCCGUAAGAUCAAAAAUGUAUAAUUUAAUGAGUAAAUUUUAGGAAGUCAAUUGCACUGUGUUUCCAAGUCUCUUGAGCUCUUGAACAUAUUUUGAAUGUUCUCAAAACACAAGCUCAGAGGCUUUCUGUACCAUGGCCUCUUUUAUUAUUAGUUUUUCUAAUGUUCCCUCAUUUUUAAUGAUUCAACUUGACUUGACUGAAACGGGCGGUGGAAUGUGUAAGUUUGUUAUCAUCCGCCUAGCCUUCAAGCUUGUGAUUUUUGGACGUAACUGCGCCAAAGAAGCUUAUCUACUUUGGAUUUCUUUCAUAAGUUAGUUUCUUUUGCGUAAGUGCGUUCAUUUGAUGACUCAACUCCCGAGUUUUUUUUAUUCCUAUUUGAUAAAUGAUGCUGCUCACUCUAAAAGCACAGCUUUAAACCAACGUGUACAGCGAUUAUUUUUUUAGCCAAUGCGAGGAGUACAUUGUUACAGCCUUCACGUGGAAGCAUUUGCCUUAGAUAAUAAAUGUAUGAUCUUACAUGUGAAUGUCUUCCUAUUCGCAGAAUAUCUUCGACUUUGUUAUUUUUUUCCUUCUUCCUCUGAAAUGUGAAUAGCAGAAAAUGACUAAAUGAACUCAUUGAUUCCAUUCAGUAUACCAAUAUGAAACGGAAGAUGAAUAUGAGCAAGUUGCACUCUACAUUGUUUUAAUUUUGUUAUGUUUUCAGUUGAUUACUUCAGCUUUGUAUCAUUUUCGUGUAUAAAUACAAUUGUAUACAUUACUAAUAUCAAUUUCAUUGUAUAAUAUCUCAAAGUACCAUAUAUUACAUAUUAUAUCAUGCUUGCAGCAAUUCAA